GAGGAUCGCUUCAAAUCGCUCUCUGUGAUGGCUGGUGAGUUAUCGAAAGAAAAUUAUCACGAUAGCGACCGAAUUCGAAUACGAGAACGUGACAUCCUCGACAAAUGGGCACAGUUGUUGGCCACACUUGAAGCUCGUAGACGAGCGUUGAUGUCGUUGAGUGAUCUGAUGGGUUUGUUGCGUGAUAUUGAUACACUUUCGUCCGAGAUUAAAGAGCUCGAGGUUAGUAUCUCAGUCGCAUAUAUACCGUGCUCAUUGAAUUAA